AGAGGCUGCAUGUAUAUAUUCAUGCUGCUGCUGUUGCACAUCUUCCACUUGUGUUAGUUGACAUUUUGCACAGCAGAUAAGGAUCCUUCAUACUGUCCAUACACACUGAUUUUUCCGUUGUUGUGUGACCGAUGAUCUGUGAGAUAGUGAAACUCUUGGAGAUGUUGCCGUUUGUAAGGCGUGGGAUUACACUGUAAUCCCAGCUAAUCUGGGAUUCAGUUUCACUCUGCUCUCUGAGCAGACCCUUGGAGCCACUAUGGAGACAAACGGGUUCUGUAUCAGUGCAGGGCUUCUCUGAUGAAGGAUGUAUCUGCUGGUCUUCUACAUCUGGCAGCUCCCUGUGUUGGCGGUCGGUGCCUGUCCAGCGUUAUGCUCCUGCACGUUUGGGAACAUGGGACUAGCUGAGCUCAGGUUGGUGCAGUGCAGUGAUCCUGGGAUCUCAGCUGUUCCCGUGAAUGUCCCAGCCAACACAACUAAACUGCGUCUGGAGAAGACUUCCAUCACCACAGUGCCCCGGGCAGCCUUCUACAACCUGUCGGAGCUCAGGUUCCUGUGGCUGACCUACAACUCCGUCACCAGCAUCCACCCCAGCAGCUUUGUCAACCUGAAGACCCUGCGAGAGCUGCGCCUGGAUGGGAACCUCCUCACAUCCUUCCCCUGGGAGGGACUCAGAGACACGCCCCUCCUCCAGACCCUUGGUCUCCAUAACAACCGUCUGUCCAGUCUUCCUGCCCACGCUGCUCUCUUUCUACCCAACAUCACUUAUCUUGAUCUGUCCAGCAACAGACUUACUAUAUUACCUGCUGAGCUGCUGGACCUCUGGUUCCCACUUCCAGGACAAAGGAGUGGACCCCUACAAAGGCGAAUCUUAGGUCUCCAUGACAACCCCUGGCUGUGUGACUGCCAGAUCUCCAUGGUGAUGUCAUUGUCCAUGUCACUGGGCAGCUCCGUGGUCCUCAUGGAUCGCAUGGUGACAUGUAGCAGGUCUCUGGGUCAGUCCAGGGUUCUGUUGACCCAGGUGGAGCCGAACCGCUGCAUGAGGCCCUCCGUCCAGCCCGCAGCCACCAGAGUAAACUCCCCACUGGGCAGUAAUGUAAUACUCCGCUGUGAUGCCACCGGCUACCCAACUCCAACGCUGACGUGGCUCAAAACAUCGGCCUACCCUGAUUGUUGCCAACAACACGAAAGCGUUGAAGAGUUACCACGAGACUUAGCAAGUUUUCUACAGGAAUCUCCACGGGUGGGAGUUCGUUGGUCGAUCAUUAGCCUCAAUGGAUUAACAUACAAGGACGCUGGUGAAUAUCGCUGCCAGGCACGGAACAUGGCAGGAAUAUCUGAAGCCCUGAUUCAGCUGAAGGUGGUGGGGAUCACAAGACUAUCGCGCUUUCCAAAGAAGACCCCAACGGCUCAACUCACAUCAUCCAAGUACAAGAAGCCAAACCAAACUGUGAUUAAAAUCCCUCUGGGGAAGGACAGUCAGACACCCCGUUCCACCAAGACACAGACUGCACCUGAUCUCACUAACAAAGUUUAUCCAGGUGGCGAGGACGUUCAAGACACAAAAUGAAUUAGCAGAUGCAAAAAAUGCGAAACCCCAAAACCUUCUGUGUCCUCAGUAAGUUCUACACCUGCUUCCUUAGACAGUCUUUGUAUGUGAUGGACAUGAGAAGUACAAACACCAGCACAUUGGUCUGGUUGAUGUGUAAGGUAAUGUUUGGUGCCUUUUGAUUCUGCGCCCUACAAAACUGUCCUGGUUCUAAUAAAAGGAGUGACCAGUACAAACUGAAAUAUAACUUGACCUAAAGUUUUCUGAAAGGAUAUUUUUGUGUGUGAGAGAUCAGAGAUCUGAGAUCUAGGCCACAUUCAUAUAUUAUUGGAUACUGCUGAACAGAAACAUUAGAUCAAGUCAGUCAUAAUGAAUUUGAUGUAUAAAUGUUACUAUUUUAUUUUAUUGUCACUGGUUGUCUCUGGUGUAAUAAGGCUUUACAACUCACCUAAGUUUCACAUUUCCACUCAAGGACAUAGAUGAUGUCAGUGAGUUGAGCCAGUACUACAUAAAUGUGGCUGAGCCUUGUGGUGAAAAUUUCAAAUAAGAGGCAGAUGAGAAAGUUGUAUUUUGUGUGAUUUAUUUUAAAAAUUAAAGAAAAUAAAAUUAAU